AUGUACCACAACAAUUCUAUCAGGAUCUUGACGGGGAAUAGCCACCCUGAGCUCGCCCAGUCCGUGACCGAGCGCCUUAAUGUGCCCCUCGUACCUUGCACUGUUAAAAAGUUCUCCAAUGGCGAGACCAACGUCAAAAUUUCCGAGUCUGUCCGGGAUGAAGACGUCUUCAUCAUCCAAUCCGGGUGUAGCGACGUAAACGACAACUUAAUGGAGCUCCUCAUUCUCAUUUCCGCCUGCAAAACCGCCUCCGCUCGUAGGAUCACUGCCGUCAUCCCGUGCUUCCCGUACGCCCGCAUGGACAAAAAGGAUAAAUCCCGCGCGCCUAUCACGGCGAAGCUCGUUGCAAAUAUGCUCGUGGUGGCUGGAUGUGAUCAUGUUAUUACCAUGGACCUCCACGCCAGCCAAAUACAGGGCUUCUUUGAUAUCCCUGUGGAUAACCUCUGGUCUGAACCGCUAAUCAUUGGUUACAUCAAGCGACAAAUUCCCGGUUGGGAAAAUAGCAUCAUUGUCAGUCCAGAUGCUGGUGGGGCCAAGCGCGUAACAGCUAUUGCAGACAAACUCGGAGUCGAGUUUGCUUUGAUCCACCGAAAAAAAGAUGGGAAGUCCCUCACUGCUCCCGACAGGAUGGAACUUCUUGUCGGAGAUGUUAAGGACAAGGUUGCGCUCUUAGUGGACGACAUGAUAGAUUCGGGCACUACCCUAACUUUGGCGGCGCGCACACUCCAGGAGAAAGGUGCCAAAGCAAUAUACGCCCUAAUUUCUCAUGGUCUCCUCUCAGAGACAAACGUGAGCCUGAUUGAUGAGCUCCCCAUCGUUCAGCUGGUCGUCACCAAUACGAUCCCACAAACUCAACAUCAGGCCCUUUGCAAAAAACUCGUCACAAUUGACGUCAGCCCCAUCAUUGCGGAGAGCAUUCGUCGGACGCACAAUGGCGAAAGUAUAAGUCUCCUAUUUGGAGAAUGGGCGGAGACGACGGGGGUGGAGGUACUUUAG